AUGAAUUACCGUUCUCAACAAUCUCAAUUCCCCUUUGGUCAACCACUUCCUUCCUCGUUGGCUGAAGGGGCCUCUGCCUCUGAGGGCUCUGCCCCUCCUGUCGACUAUCCUUCAGUAUUUCCCUCUUCACAUCUUUUUGAUGACGCCCUUUUCCCCUUUGCUUCUCAGAAACCUUCUCAUCCUUCCGAAAAUGAAAAAAAUGACUUUCAUUUUGAUCCCGAAUUAAUGAUGAACCUUCUGUCGGACACCCCGUCCUCCCUCGCUUCCAUAAGAAACGACAAUUCCCAAAGAUCUGCUUCGACAGCAAUCCCUCCAUCUAAACCCGCUUCCCUUCCAGCUUGGGCUUCUUAUCCCAGUCUAUCAGCUGCCUCUAUGCAGCCCACCGCUCCUGGAAAGCCUCGUAAAAGUGCUUCCUAUUAUGAUUCUCCAUCUUGGAGCGGAAACUUUGGUAUAGGUUCCCACAUCGACAACGAAAAUUUCUCCGUCCAAAACAGCUUACUAUCGGAGCCCACGCCUCCAUUCACUUUUGCUCCUACGCCGAGCUCUGCUUUCUUAGAAACUCCAUUACAUGGAUCCUCAGACCUUGAUUUUAGUUUGGGUGAUAAUCAAAUGCCUCUCUUUCCGGCCUCUGAUGGUGACUGUCAGCGCGCUUUCAGUUCCGUCUCCUACCUUAAUGGCAAUGAUUGCAAAAUGCCAAAUGCAGGUAUUCAACCUCCUCAGAAUAAAAGACCUGCAUAUGAUUCUCCUCGCGAUGUAUCCGAUUUGUAUACACCCGGAAACGAAUGCAAUGCCGCUCCUGAUUACUUAGCGGCAAUGUCUUCCAUGGAGCCCUUCUUCUCCUAUGAAGCUUUUGGUGGUGAAGCUCCAAAAAGCGGCGUGCCUCCAACACCUACCUCUUUUCCCCACGACCCUCUUGAUGGAAAUCCUUCCUUGUCUUCUCCAAGAAAGUCUGCUUUGACUGCCGGACUUGCCUGUUCAGCUCCGUCUAGGGCACCUAUACCUGCUGCCAAGCUGGCUCGUGUCAUCAAGCCGAAAAGAGCGCGUGAGCAUAUUUGCUUUAAUUGUGGUGCUACUCAAACACCUUUAUGGCGUAGAACUGCUGAUAAGCAUCAUUAUUUGUGUAAUGCAUGUGGUCUGUAUACGAAGCAGUAUGGAGUGAUGAGACCAUUGACUCCCAAAAACAAAAGUAGUCAAAAAGGUAUUGAAAAUUUGAUGUGUGCCAACUGCAAUGCUACAAAGACAUCCUUGUGGCGUAAAAACCGCGUGGGACAAACGGUCUGUAAUGCUUGUGGUUUGUAUGCUCGUCUCCAUGGCCACGAUCGUCCCUUGGGCUUGAAGAAGAAUAAGCUUAUACGCCGACGUCGUGGAAGGUUGUGUGAUGAAAGUCCCUCUUCAGACUCUGUCAAGUCGGACGAUUCUCCCGAGCUUUCUCAGUCAAUCUCGUCCUCCGAGUUACAGGAUUCAAAAUUUUUGAAAGAGCCUAUGUCGUUGUUCCCUGAAAAUAUGAUGGAGAGUAUGCUGUUGCCUGUAAAAGCGGAACCAGAUACAUCGUUCUCGGCUUCCUUAUAA